CUUUAGGGUUUAAGACGUUAAACCCACCCGGAAUCCUGCAUUCGUCAUUCGAUUCCAAAUCUCAGUAAAGAGCUCUAAAAUGGCGAAUUCAAUGGCCACGCUUUCGAGAAGACUCUAUCGAUCUCUUCUCUCAAACCCUAGAUUUUCUCAGGCUUCCAUGUCCUUCUGCACCAACAACAUCUCCUCCCGCGAAGACCCCGACUUUGACGAGCUAUCAGCUAUCUCAGACACUGAAUCGCCCCUUGAACCGAAGGACUCGGAUCCAUCGUCUCGAAUUUCCGGAGAAGAACGCGUGAUGGAAGAGCGUCCUCUCGAAAACGGCCUUGAUGCUGGCAUUUUCAAGGCGAUUUUGGUGGGGCAAGUGGGUCAGCUGCCACUGCAGAAGAAGCUGAAGAGUGGCAGAACAGUGACUCUCUUCUCUGUGGGAACCGGUGGGAUCAGGAACAACCGGAGACCGAUGAUUAACGAAGACCCGAGAGAGUAUGCGAACCGUUCUUCAGUACAGUGGCACCGUGUCUCUGUUUACCCUGAACGCUUAGCAGAUCUUGUGUUGAAGAACGUUGAACCCGGCACAGUUAUCUACUUGGAGGGUAAUUUGGAGACGAAGAUUUUCACUGAUCCUGUCACUGGUUUGGUUCGACGCAUAAGAGAAGUCGCAAUUCGUAGAAAUGGCCGAGUUGUGUUUCUAGGAAAAGCUGGUGAUAUGCAGCAGCCAAGUUCUUCUGAGCUUAGAGGCGUUGGCUACUACUGAUUUUUAACCAAAUAAAAUUGUCAUUACGGUACACAAUUUUCUCUAUUGUAGCUAUUUCGUUUACUGUUGUGUCUCUCCUUGUAGCGUGUGAUUGGUUUGUUUAUUUAGUCGCCCUUUUACAUUGCUUUUUUUUUGGGUAAAUAAACCGAACCAAACUCAACCAAUGUAUUCAAUUAAACCGAAACUAAACCAGAAUCUCGAUUGAAAGACAAAA